AUGGGAGAUAAUAUCGAAGAAAUUGAUGGUCAAAUCCCUGAAGUCGAAGGUUGUAUGCCUCUGCAGCCUGAAGAAUAUGUGUCCAGUCGUCAAAGGGUUAUGAUCGUCAAUAUCUAUAAAGAUAUCAUUUCUGAUACACCGGACAAAAAAUAUGUAGACGUUAUCAACCGUAUUAGAGAGUUAACUGGUUUGGAAAAAAACACCAUACAGAAAACCAUCAGCGAGUACAAAACGACGAAAACAGUAUCUUCUCCCAACAGAAAAAGAUUAAAGACUUCACUGUUUCAAAAAAUUGAUGAUCUGGAUCGUACAGGAAUACGUCGCAAAAUUCAUUCUGUUUGGUUAAAUUGCGAACUACCUACCAUCGACCGAAUUUUAUUAGAUGUCAACGCGGAUCCGUCUCUUCCAAAUUUUAAAAGGACCUCUCUGUAUUGUGUUAUCAAAAAAUUGGAUUUUGUCUUUACAAAAAGGAAAAGGUGCAGUGUGCUGACCGAGAGGGAAGAUCUAAUCGUUUGGCGUCGUCGGUAUUUAUACGACGUCCGGAAAUAUAGAGCUGAAGGUCGAACUAUAUAUUAUCUGGAUGAUACUUGGUUAAAUACCGGUGAUUGUGUCGAUCGUGUUUGGAAGGACAAUACGGUUCUCUCCAAACACGACGCUUUCAACAAAGGCCUCACAACCGGUAUACCAAACCCAACAGGUAAAGGUAAACGACUCAUAGUACUACACAUCGGGUCGGAGAAUGGUUUUCUGCCAGGUGGUCUACUGUGUUUCGUUUCCAAAAAAAAUACCGGAGAUUAUCAUGACGAAAUGAAUGGGGCUAACUUCAAAGAGUGGUUUGAGUCCAUUAUCCCAGUACUCGAUCCAAAUUCCAUCAUCGUCAUGGACAAUGCACCGUACCAUUCGGAGUGGCUCAUUUCCAAAGAUGUUGUUUGCGAACGACCGUUGUCGGCAUUGUUGAAACCCGAACUUCUGGCGAUAGCAAAAGAAUUGCGACCACAAUGUAAAUCUUAUAUAAUCGACAACUUGGCCAAGGACAACGGACACACCGUUCUUCGAUUGCCACCGUACCAUUGCGAAUUCAAUCCCAUUGAAUUGGCAUGGGCGAUGGUAAAAGGAUACGUAAAGCAGAACAAUACCACUUUCAAAAUCGACGAUGUUCGCCAACUGCUGAAUACAGCAAUUGAAAGGGUUACACCCCUCAACUGGAAAAAUUUUAUAAAGCACGUAAUUGAAGAAGAGGACACAAUAUGGAAAGCGGACGAUAUCAUGGACGAUAUGAUAGAUGCGAUAGAACCAUGUAUUAUGACUAUAACAGGAGAAACAACAUCAACCGAUUUUUCGGAGUAA